UUUAAAAGAAAAAAUCUGCAUCUCUAUUUUCACAGUCCCAAACAAUUGACAAUCCCCACUCAACUCUCUCUCAGCCUCUCAUCACUCCCCGCCUUGUCAUUGGCUACGUCGACGCUUCCACGCCCUGCUACUCCUAACUCCCAUUUGCCACCAGUUCCAGCAAUUGUCAGGGUUGAUUUGAAGGUGAUGUUUAAAACCAACAAUGUCGCUUCCCGAAUUUUCGAGCGCCAAAUUCGCACCCCUGCUCCUGGAACCAGCGUUCAUUGUGCUAGAAGAUUUUACGAGAAUUUAGUUCCGAGUUUUACGAUAUAUGACGUGAAAUGUCCGGACCAUUCAUUUCGCAAAUUCACGGAUGAUGGUCAGUACUUUAUAAGUUUCAGUAAGAACAAUCAGGAUCUGAUUGUUUAUAGACCAACAUGGCUUUCGUUUUCAUGCAAAGAAGAAGAUUGUGAUAAUACCCAUGAACUCCCUCCCAUGGCUAAGAGGUUUGAGAGUUUCUUCACGCAGUUAUACGUUAGAUCACUUACUUCCUGCAAUGAGUUUAUAUGUAAAGACUUCUUUCUCUACGUGGAGAGUAACCAAUUUGGGCUAUUUGCUACUUCCACUGCUCAAAUUCAAGAUGCACCUGCCGUGGGUGGAGCUAUUCCAGGCGUCCCAUCUAUUGAAAAAAUUACCUUUCACCUCUUGAGGUUGGAAGAUGGGGUUAUACUGGAUGAGAAGGUAUUUCAGAAUGAUUAUGUCAAUUUGGCCCAUAACAUGGGUGUCUUCUUGUAUGACGAUUUGCUGGCAGUUGUUUCGCUUCGUUAUCAAACAAUACACAUUCUUCAAAUCAGAGACUCUGGGAACCUUGUUGAUGUACGAGCUAUAGGUGCAUAUUGUCGUGAAGACGAUGAGCUUUUUGUAAAUUCCAGUUCUCAGUUUUCAGGCAAUCGUGGAGACCUUGUAGAUAAUGGUAUACAUCAUGACCAGCCUAAUUCAAACAAUUCUUUUUUGAGUGGUAUCAAACAACGCUUACUUUCAUUCAUAUUCCGAGAAAUAUGGAGCGAAGAAACAGAUCAAACCCCGAGGGUCCAGUGCCAGAAGAAGAAGUUCUAUUUCCAUUUCCAGGACUAUGUUGACUUGAUGAUCUGGAAGGUACAAUUCUUGGACCGGCAUCAUCUGCUUAUCAAGUUUGGUAGUGUUGAUGGCGGGUUUCAGAUAUCACGAAACACUGAUCAACAUCCUGCAUUCUUUGCUGUAUAUAACAUGGAGACAACUGAAAUUGUUGCAUUCUAUCAGAAUGCAGCAGAUGAGCUUUACCUUCUCUUUGAGCAGUUCUGUGACCACUUCCAUGAAGCAUCAAUAAAUUCAUUGUAUAUGAAUUUCAUAUCAUCUCAUUCAAAUAAUGUUCAUGCUCUUGAGCAACUAAGGUGCAUGAAGAAUAAAGCCACCAUCUUUUCACAGUUUGUAAAGAAGAUGUUGUCCCCUUUGCCGUUCAAUUGUCAAUCAUUGAGUCCUUCUCCCUACUUUGAUCAGUCUCUCUUCCGCUUUGACGAGAAGCUAAUUUCUGCAACUGACCGGCACAGACAGGUAACAGAUCAUCCCAUCAGGUUCAUUUCUAGGAGGCAGCCAAACAAUCUCAAAUUUAAGAUAAAGCCAGGUCCUGAAUUCGGUAAUGCAGAUGGUCGGAACAAAAAGAUAUCGUAUUUCCUAUUCCAUCCUUUUUUGCCUCUUGCUCUAUCGAUCCAGCAGACUUUAUUCUUGCCACCAUCAGUUGUGAAUAUCCACUUUCGAAGAUAAUAUUAAUUUUUGUCGAUGGCCACUCUCCCUUUCCUGAAAAAGCCUUCAGCUAGUUUUGUAGGGAAUAUGUACAUUUGAUUUAUUAGAUACUUGAUAGUUCAUCCAUAAUCAUAGAUGUUGUAGCCCAAUUUGUAAAAUGGAUGUUUUCCCUUAUCUUCCCAUCUCUAAAUUUAUUGGUAAACACAACCUUACAGUGAAAGGAACCGUGGGAAGGUCAGGAUUAAUUGCUGUAACCUUUCUCUAAAAGGUGGUUAAAGUUCAAAGUUGGAAUCCUCUUCUUUA